AUGGCCGGCCUUCUUCCCAAACUCGGAGGCGCCCUCGGCGUCUCGACAGACGUGCCCCCAGGCGACGAAGGCGCAGACAUCGACACCAGAAUCAUCGGCGCCGCCAGCCACAAGACCACCACCACCUCCACCACCACCUGCUUCAGCACCGCCAGCAACGACAUCAUCAGCACCACCAAAGAGCACGCCGUCGCCUCCAUCAAGGACACCGACGCCCUCAUCAUCCACAUCACAAACGCCCACAGUGCGCCCUCCCACCACCUUCAUCAUCUCAACAACAACCAUCCCGUCCUCGUCCACAACGCCGUCGCUCUCAAGCCGCCCGUGGUACCCAUCUCCACCCCCGAGGUCCUCACGCCCUCGCCGGUGCCCUCCUUCAUCCCCCCUCCACCAGCAGAGACCACACCUCUGUUAACUCCCACGCCGACACCGACGCCGGCGCCCAGCACGAUCGCGGCGCCGAGCCAGGCGCAGCAGUCCGGCGGCAACGGCGGCGCGAAGCUGAUGCCCGCGCUGCCCAUCGCGCUCGGCUCCGUGGGCGGCGUGCUCAUCUUCGGGCUCAUCAUCGGCAUGCUGUACCGCAAGAGCAAGUGGCCGUUCCACAAGCGGAGAAACUUUGCCGAGAUUGACGACCUGGAGAUUGAGCGGCAGCAGGAGAUCGAGAGGCAGCAGAAGAUGAAGUGGGAUCCGAGAGUGACGAGGACGUUUAAGCAGCAGCAGGCUGCGGCGGCCGGUGUGAACUUUUAA